CUGGGCUUAGGGUUGUCGUUGUGUACUCUGCUGUCAGCGCCGAACCUGAUUGCCAGAGAAGAAAUGGCUAAGUCGAGGUUUUUGAUCAGUGCCGAUUCGAAUGGCUCGUAUGCUCUCAAUUCCUACAUGGUUGAAAUGCACAAGCUUUGUACACCAAAGCUUUUGCAGGUGGAUCACCUCUCAUCAGGAAAUUUCUAUUUCUAA